AUGGUCUCUGUCAUUAUCCCCAUGGCCGCACUUUACCUGACUCCGUACUUCUUCCACACACAUCACAACAGUUUCUCCAUGGACACCACCUUGGUGCCCAGGUCGGACGGCCGGCCGACCCCCGCAGUUGGCCUGUCUUCGGGGGCUGACAUCUGUUUGGUGUGUCUGGUGUCGACCUGCAGCGUGGGUGUAGGGAAGUUGGGUGGGAUUCUGGCAGGUGCCUUUGUCCAGGGCGGCGGCGGGGGCAGUUUCACUUCGGCCGACCGACCAGGGUUGCGGCGCCUGUUCGGCUCCGUGCUCCUUAGCGCCCUCGCAUUAUUGCUGCUGCCCUGUGGAGUCUUACUCGCGCUCAAGGACUACCCCUGGCUCUGCCGACUCUUCGGACUCGCCACACGCGAAUCAGCUCUGGACCCUGCCGGCUACCUAGGUGCUGCCGCCGCCCUCCUGGGUGUCUUCCUCUUCUUUCUUUUCUCAACGCUACCCAAGGUCGGCUUCUCCUCUCUCAUACAAACUUGCGUAGCCGUCGAAGGCAACGAAGCCCAAGCCGUCUUCAGCUUCAUCGGCAUCUUUAUAACUGUCGUCGACGCACUCAUGAUUGUCGGGCUUAACAUAGUCUUUUACUACGCCGGCCCUGCCUACUUCGACGCCGCACUCAUGGCCGUGGUCACGAUCUAUAUCGCACACGCCGUCUUCGAAUACCUACGAGGCCCGGAACUGAUAGCUUCGGAAGUUGACUGCUAA